GCACUUGUCAAGGUUGAGGAUACGGAAGUGAUCAAGUUCCUUCUUGAAACUGAAAUCAUCCCAUUGUGCCUCCAGACAAUGGAAAGUGGCAGCGAGUUAUCAAAAACUGUUGCAACCUUCAUUAUCCAGAAAAUUUUGCUGGACAACGAAGGGCUUCGUUACAUGUGCGUCUGUGUGGAUAGAUUCUUUGCUCCGAGUCGAGUUUUGGGGAAUAUGGUGACUUCACUUGAAGAAGCACCUUCUCCUAGGCUUCUAAAGCACAUCGUCCGCUGUUACCUUCGCUUGACAGAUAACAUCAUCUAUUACAUAAAACUAAAGGAACUUAAGACAGUUUUGAUUUUUUUUUGGUAGUAUGUUAAAUUUUAACUUUUUGAAAACAGAUUACCUUUUUUAAGGCUUUGUAAGGAAAUUACACAUGUCAAAUUUGGUCGGCCAAGUGACUUGUACUUUAGUAUAUAAGAGAAAUAAAUAAGACCAAAAAUAAAUAGAUUUUUUAAGAUUUACCCUUCGAAAUAAUAUAUAUUUUGGUUUUUAGAAAACUGUUACAACUUUUUAAGAUUUACCCUUAAUAUUUUAGAAAUUAUUUUUGCUUACUGGAGACUGGUAUAAGAAAUAAAAGCUGAUUCAAGAAGACCAUAUGAGGGAUCAUAAAAAAUUUGGACAGAUCUGCUCUACGGUAAACUUUGCAAAGGUUGUAUAUUUACUUUUUAUUUAUUUGUUCUUAUAUUUUAUAUUUACUUAUUAUAAUUGUUUUGAUUUUAUAUUGAAUUCUAAUAUUACGAUAGAUGUUUAAUAUAAUAUUUAUGUUUCUUAUACAAUAUAUUUACUUAUUAUUUAUUUUAUUAUAUAUUUUUCAGAUAGAUGUUUAAUGUAGUUUUCUAGUUC